AUGCAAGGUUCAGGGGUAACAGAGAACCGCGCUGUCCAUGGCCUCCUCGUCGCCGCCGUGGUGGUGCAGUGCCUCCUCGCCGCCGGUGGCAGCCCGCCGCCGGACCCAGUCCAGUGUGCAUCGGGGACGACGGAUUGCACGGUGACCAACGCGUACGGCGUGUUCCCGGACCGGUCCACGUGCUGCGCGGCUGCCGCGGCGUACCCGGCGUCGGAGAAGGAGCUCCUCCGCGUGGUCGCCGGCGCCGCGGCGUCCAGGACAAAGAUGAAGGUGGCGACGCGGUACGGUCACAGCGUGCCGAAGCUGGCUUGCCCCGGCGGAGGCGACGGCCAUGGACUCGUCAUCAGCACCAACGCGCUGAACCGCGUCGUCGCCGUGGACGCCAAGAGGAUGGUGAUCACGGUGGAGAGCGGCGUGAUGCUGGCGCAGCUGAUCGACGCGGCGGCGGAGGCUGGCCUUGCGCUGCCACACUCGCCGUACUGGCUGGGCGUCACGGUCGGCGGCCUACUGUCGACGGGCGCGCACGGGAGCUCGGUGUGGGGGAAGGGCUCCGCCGUGCACGAGUACGUCGUCGGCAUGAGGAUCGUCACGCCGGCGCCGGCGAGCGAGGGGUACGCCAAGGUCAGGGUGCUCAACGCCGGCGACCCGGAGCUGGACGCGGCGAAGGUGUCCCUCGGGGUUCUCGGGGUCAUUUCUCAGGUCACUCUAGCGCUUCAACCAAUGUUCAAGCGCUCGGUGGCGUUCCGGCAGCGCGACGACGGCGACCUGGCGGAACGGGUCGCCGCCUUCGCCGGCGAGCACGAGUUCGCCGACGUCCUCUGGUACCCCGCCCACGGCAAGGCCGUGUAUCGGAUCGACGACCGCGUGCCCAACGACACGAUCGGCGACGGCGUCUAUGACUUCAUCGGCUUCCGGUCGACCCCCGCUCUCGCCAUCCAGGCCAACAGGCUCGCCGAGGACGCCCUGGAAGCGACAGGGAAUGCCGCCGGCAAGUGCCUCACGGCGUCGGCGACGAAAACCAUCCUCGCCGCGCGCAACUAUGGCCUGACGAGGCACGGUGGCCUGCUGGCGCCGCUCCCCGGCACGCCGGUGGUCGGAUACCAGAACCGCAUCCAGGCGUCGGGAUCCUGCCUCUCCGGCGCCGACGACGCCCUCCUCACCGCCUGCCCCUGGGACCCGCGCGUCGAGCACGGCACGUUCUACUUCCAGGCCGGCUUCAGCGUGCCGAUGUCCAGGGCGGCGGCCUUCAUCCGCGACGUGCAGCGGCUGCGCGACCUCAACCCCGCCGCGCUCUGCGGCGUCGAGCUCUACGACGGCGUCCUCAUGCGCUACGUCAGGGCGUCGACGGCCUACCUCGGCAAGACGGAGGACAGCGUCGACUUCGACAUGACCUACUACCGGAGCCGCGACCCGGCGGCGCCGCGGCUGGACGGGGACGCGGUGGAGGAGGUCGUGCAGAUGGCGCUCCGCAAGUACGGCGGCCUCCCGCACUGGGGCAAGAACCAGAACGCGGCGUUCGAGGGCGCCGUCGCCAAGUACGGCGGCGCGCGCGUGGCGGCGUUCAUGAGGGUGAAGCGGGCGUACGACCCCGACGGCCUCUUCUCCAGCGGGUGGAGCGACCGGGUGCUCGGCGUCGCCGGCGGCGCCGUGAGCGUGGUGAGGGACGGGUGCGCGCUGGAGGGGCUGUGCGUGUGCUCAAAAGACGCGCACUGCGCGCCGGAGAAGGGCUACCUCUGCCGGCGAGGCAGGGUGUACCGCGACGCCCGGGUGUGCCGGCGUGUCGCCGAUGAUCUCUAG